UCGAGACCGGAAGUAUCGCCAACAGCCAGAUGGUACUCACCCUUUCGGUCCUAUCUCAGGUCAGCGUUAACAGUUUUGUUUUGUUUUUAAGCCAAAAGAUGUCAAGCACCAAUCGUAUGGUGAAUGAUACAGAGGCACACCGCCACGACGGCUUAAGCAGGACGAUCAAUCACAGCGGGUUUCGAGUUCAGCCUGCUGUCAGAGUUCCUAGACACAUUGAACAGAAUGACCUCAGGGUGAGGGCAAGAUCACACAGUGCCUCCUCUACAGCAGAGCCACAGACAGCAGCAGGACCUACACAAGAGGCUCCACUGGUGGAUGACUGCGAGAGACUGGGCACUCUGUUCGGAGAGCUGAAUAAGUGUUUGAGGGGUAUUGGCUUCACCCAGCUUUACUUUGGAGAGAAAAUUGUGGAGCCUGUGGUUGUGCUGGUUUUUUGGUUGCUGCUCUGGUUUCUGGGUAUACAAGCCCUUGGCCUUGUGGGAACUCUAUGCAUUGUUAUCAUUUAUAUCCAGAAAUAACGGACGGACGGACGUGCAUUCAGAUCCAGUGGUCAGACACAGUGGCAAUGGAAGAAAGGAGAGACUCCUUUAAAAUAAAAGAGCUUUAUGAAUGUCCUUUGAACGUAUUACCCUUAUAUGCGGGUCUCUGUGUUUUGGUAUCUUUAUCUGUGGGUAUGUACAAGAGGGUGAGUGGUUGAAAAUAUUAAGAGGAUUUGCUUUGGAGUGAUUACUUAAGUGUUUGCACAGGUGUGCAGUAGAUGUGAAGGUAUUUCUUAUAAGCAUGCUUCUCCCGAGUAUUGGCAUUGACUAAAUUGGUACGUAUUGAUAUCUUGUCUGUCAUUAGUUGGCACUUUAAAGUAUUAGUGGAGUAUCAGUCAAGCCUGAUUCUAAUGACAGUUACAUAAUAGUACAUAUCAAUCAGUUGUAAUGCUAACGGUACAAUUAUUGAAUGUAUACUCUGCCCACAUGUCAGCCCUACUGUUCCCAUGCACCAGGGGGCAGCCUUCCUUAUCCUUAACAUACCAGGAAAUAGUAAUCCUUCUGUAUUAAAACUUGAAUGUGUUAAUACUGCAUGUGAAUGUUCUGGGGCUGUUGGAAUAUAUUUGGGUUCUUAAACACCUCUUGCAUUAUCUAUUGCAUUAAACGAAACCCUCCAACAGUACAAACAGAGAAGCAUAUGUGAUGAUACCUAAACGCCGACUGUAUUAAACGAAUAGUUCACACAAAAAUGAAAAUGCAGCCAAAAUUUGCACAUCCUCAUACUUCUCUAAGCUUGUGUGACUCUCUUUCAGAACACAAGAAACUGGGAAUAAUGCCGACAUUGGGUUUUUACAUUUAAUGUGAAUGCAAAGUGAAUUGUGGCUUAUGCUGUCAGUUAUUAACAGGUCUUUAGAAGUGCAUGAGGGUAAAUAAGUGACUGAAUUUUCAUUUUUGUGUGAACAAUACCUUUGAAGCUUACCUCUUAUUGAUCUGAAUGACCUAUAGGUUAUGCACUGUAUUUUGUAUUCAGUUGAUGAGAAAAGAGUUUAUUCAGUCAGCUGAUUUUAUUUUCUGAUUUAUAUUUCUAGAAUAACUCCUUAUAAAUAUCAGUAUAUUGCAAUAUCAGUAUCAAUGAAGUUAUUUUAUAUGGUCCAAAUUGAAAACUUAGUACAUUUUUUAAUAUCCAUAUUCAGGAAUCAGAAUUUAUGUAAAUGCCUGUCUCACACUGUCUUUAUACAAAUAUUAUAUUUGAAAAUGAAUGAAUGAAUGCUAACUUUCUACGCAGGGUUAAACUGCUGGUUGCAAGAUGACAUUAUCAUAUAUAUAUAUAUGUCAUGUUUAAAUCAUAUGUAAAUCAUGUUUGAUUAUCUGUGGUACUGCUGUAAAACAACAUAACACUGCUGAUGCCUCUUAAAACAGAAUUUGAAUUAUAUACAUGCUUCUUUUAUUGUCAGUAUGAAUCAGGGACAGUAUAUUCUUGGGAAUCAUGCUUUGUGCUAUCAUUUACACAUGAUUUUUGCUGUAUUUGGGUGGAGUUGGUUGUGGCGGGUUGGGAAUUAUGAUUUGUGAAGGAUAAUUUAUUUUGAAAGAAUCAGUUUUUCAAUAUUUUGAAUCAUUUUGCAAUGUCAUUGAACUUAAAUGAAGUUAUGAUAAUAAAUAUGUUUUGA